AUGCAUGGGGCGGAUCUCGAGAACUGCAGAUUCGUCGUGCAGCCGAGGGAGAUUAAAUUCACUCUCAGUCAAUCCAAUAGCGAAUCCCAGAUCACGGAGUCGACCGGAUGGCGAGGGGCGAAGGGCGUCCUUACGAGUCGGGCCUACCCGAGCAGCGUCGUGCGCAGCUUCAAACCCUCCGACCCCUUAACGUUCGGCGCCGAGGAGGUCGCCCGCAGGGCGGAGAGGGCGCAGACGCAACAUCAAACCUCCCCACCCCUCCUUCAUCGCACCGAUUUGGGGGAAAAUCUCGAUCACUUUUUAGCGCGAAACGAGGCGAUGCGGACCGCCUCGAUGCGGGUGGCGCGUCGCGUCCGGGGCGGGAUGGAGUUGAAACGAAUUAAAAAAAAUCCGAAGCCGCUGCGAUCGCCCCGGGUCUUCGCGAAUCCCCAACCCCAGGCCGCUCAAAGUUUGUUCGUGGAAGGGAGUUCGAUGCUCGCGCAGGAUGCCGGGCACGCCUCCCAGGCGUUGAAGCAUCUCAGCGACUGCGUGGCGGAGGAACGGCAUCUUCGGGAUGCCUUAGAAAAGGCGAAGGACCUCAAACUCAAGGCCUUUCGCGAGGUUACUCGGAUUUAUCUGAGCUCGUUGGAUAUCGCGUACUCCCCGAGCGCCGCGGUCUCCGCAGCGAAGCCCGCGCGAUCGUUGUUUCAGAACCCCGAUCGCGUUUCGCUCGCGCGCUGCGCCGUGGUAUCGAACACGUUGCUCUCGACGAUCCAAACCUACAUGCGGUGCUGGCAAUCCAGUCAGCUGAUCGCCUCCCUGCGGGGGUUUCGCCAUUUGAACUCCAAGUUGAACUUCAUUUCGAACUCCGAUAUCACCAGCUUCUUUAGCACGCGUCCUGAUUAUGAUGAGAGGAUGGAUCAGAGUGCGUCUCGGUUAAGUAGCUCCCUGGAGGACUUGCUCGAUAUGGAGGAAAUAAACAAACUCAAACAGCUGUACUUCGAUUAUUUCGACUGUGAAAUCGUGGAGCUUGAUUCGACAGAGUCUAGCGAACUAGGGGCUUACCUGAAGUCGGAUUCCACCUCAACGAGCUUGGCAUCACUUUUAGAAAUUUCAAUUACACAUAGUCGUGGUGAUGCAUCAGAUUAA